AUGGACCUGCGAGAAUCCCUAACGAAUCAAAACGAGAUCGUUCUGAGUUUGUUUCAGCACGUGAUCGCCACCACCACCGCCGGAAAAACCUCGAACCUAUUAUUUUCUCCGGCGUUACUGAAUGUCAUCCUCAGCUUCAUCGCCGCAAAAUCUCCCGGAGACAUCGAAGAAAAGAUUCUCUCUUUACUACAUGCUUCUUCGACCGACGAGCUUAACACUGUCUCCUCCAAGAUCGUAACCACCGUCCUCGCCGACAGCACAUCAAUCGGCGGUCCAACAAUCGCCGCAGCUAACGGCGCCUGGCUCGAAAAAACUGUCCCUGUCGAGCCUUCUUUCAAGGGUAUCAUAGAGAAUUCGUAUAAAGCUGCUUUUAACCUAGUUGACUUUCGCAACAAGGUUCAUGAAGUGGUUGAAGAAGUGAACUCAUGGGUCGAGAAUGAGACAAGAGGGCUCAUCACUAAUCUCAUCCCCAAAAACUCUGUUUCUUCUGAUUCCAAUCUCAUAUUCGCUAAUGCAUUGUUCUUCAACGGAAGAUGGGAUCACGAAUUCGACCCAUCUCUUACAAAAGACUCCAACUUUCACCGUCUCGAUGGAACCACAGCACGUGUUCCCUUCAUGUCCGGCCACUCUUUCAAAUACAGCCUCGUAGCUUACGAAGGUUUCAAAGUCCUUGACCUACCUUACAGGGGAGGACGUGGUGACUACGCUCGUUGUUUCUCGAUGCAAAUCUAUCUUCCUGGUGAAAAAGAUGGGUUGCAUGCACUGCUUGAGAGAUUAGCUUGUUGUCGUGGGUUCUUGAGUGGCCAAGGAGACAUUCCUGGUCAUUCUGCAAGUAUUGGAGAGCUCAGGAUUCCAAGGUUUAAAUUUGAAUUUGGGUUUAUGGCCACGGAAGCUCUCGAGGGUUUGGGUUUGGAGCUGCCGGAUGAUACGAUCAUACACAAGUCUUACAUUGAGGUAGAUGAAGUGGGGUCGAAAGCUGCUGCUGCUGCCGCUGUGAUCGGUCUUGGGGGGUGUUAUAUGCCUCCGAAAGAGAAGUAUGACUUCGUGGCUGAUCACCCGUUUCUCUUUCUUGUCAGAGAAAACAUGAGCGGAUUGGUUCUGUUCCUUGGUCAAGUUACUGAUCCUUCUAUGCAUUAA